UUAUUUCUUACUGAACAGUUUGAGGGUCAGUUAAGUGCCUCAAAAUGAAAUUAAUUCUUGUGAUAUCUGCAGUGAUUUUUGUUGUUGCUGCUAAUACAGAACAGUAUAGAGCACAGUGUAUAGAGGAAUUAAACAUCCAACAAGAAACUAUUCAACAAUUCAGAAAAGGCCAGUACGAUGAGCAUGUCCCAUGUUUCACAGAAUGUGUUUUCAAAAAGAUGGGAGCAUUUUCAGAUGGGCAUUUUAACAUUGAAGCUCUAACAAAAAUCCUUGGAUCAGAUACAAAGACACCAGAAGAGCUAAGAUCAGAUAUUGAAGGAUGUAUAGACAAUACAAAAACUGAUAAUUGCCAGAAGUCAUUUGCUGCAUUUACUUGCUUUAAGCAGAAAAAUUUGUACAAAAUUCGACGACCUUAAAGUGUGAUAAUGUUCUGGGAAUUGUUUAUUCAAGCCACGAGGCUGUAAUAAAUUUGAUAACUCUCAAAAUAAAUAAUCUGUUGUUUGUAUUGUGCGCGCCAAACCAUGGA